ACUGGCUUCAGAUGCUUCUGGGUCGCGGUGGGGAAGGUUUUAGUUCUCUGUGGUUGAGCUUGAGGCCGAGCGGUAGAGCAACCCGGCGAGCGAAUGGCGACCACCGGGACCGGGGCCGCCGCGGCCACGGGCAGGUUCCUGGUACUGCUCCUGCUCGGGCUCACGGCACCCGCCGCGGCGCUGGCCGGCUAUAUCGAGGCUCUCGCAGCCAAUGCUGGAACAGGGUUUGCUGUCGCCGAGCCCCAAAUCGCAAUGUUUUGUGGAAAGCUAAAUAUGCACGUGAACAUUCAGACUGGGAAAUGGGAACCUGACCCCACAGGCACUAAGAGCUGCUUUGGAACCAAAGAAGAGGUUCUUCAGUACUGUCAGGAGAUGUAUCCAGAGCUGCAGAUCACCAAUGUGAUGGAAGCCAACCAGCCAGUCGGUGUGGACAAUUGGUGCCGCAGAGACAAAAAGCAGUGCAAGAACCACCUCGUGAUUCCUUUCAAGUGUCUUGUGGGCGAGUUUGUAAGCGACGUCCUGCUAGUUCCGGAAAAGUGCCAGUUUUUCCACAAAGAGCGGAUGGAGGUGUGUGAGAACCACCAGCACUGGCACACGGUCGUCAAAGAGGCCUGUCUGACCCAGGGCAUGACUUUGUACAGCUACGGCAUGCUGCUGCCCUGUGGCGUGGACCAGUUCCACGGCACCGAGUACGUGUGCUGCCCUCAGAUGAAGGCCGUGCAGUCUGCUGUGUCCAAAGAGGAGGAAGAGGUGGAGGAGGAGGAGGAGGAGGAAGGAGAGGAGGAGGAAGAGGAAGACUAUGAAGUUUAUAAGAGUGAAUUUCCUACUGAAGCGGAUUUGGAAGACUUCACGGAAGCCGCUGUGGAUGAAGAUGGAGAGGAUGAGGAGGAAGAGGAGGAAGUGGUGGAAGAUCGUGACUACUACUAUGAUAACUUUAAGGGAGAUGACUACAAUGAUGAGAACCCAACAGAACCCAGCAACGAGAGGACCAUUUCAGAAAAGGAAGUGACCCAUGAUGUGAAAGCUGUCUGCUCCCAGGAGGCGAUGACGGGGCCCUGCCGGGCCGUGAUGCCCCGUUGGUACUUCGACCUCUCCAAGGGAAAGUGCGUGCGCUUUAUAUAUGGCGGCUGCGGAGGCAACAGGAACAAUUUUGAGUCUGAGGAUUAUUGUAUGGCUGUGUGUAAAGCGAUGAUUCCCCCGACUCCGCUGCCAACCACUGAUGUCGAUGUGUAUUUCGAGACCUCUGCAGAUGAUAAUGAGCAUGCCCGCUUCCAGAAGGCUAAGGAACAGCUAGAAAUUCGCCACCGCAACCGGAUGGACAGGGUAAAGAAGGAAUGGGAAGAGGCUGAGCUUCAAGCAAAGAACCUCCCUAAAGCGGAGAGGCAGACUCUGAUCCAGCACUUCCAAGCUAUGGUGAAAGCCUUAGAGAAGGAAGCAGCCAGCGAGAAGCAGCAGCUGGUGGAAACCCACCUGGCCCGCGUGGAAGCUAUGCUGAAUGACCGCCGCCGCGUGGCUUUAGAGAACUACCUGGCCGCCCUGCAGUCCGACCCGCCACGGCCUCAUCGCAUUCUCCAGGCCUUGCGGCGUUACGUCCGCGCAGAGAACAAAGACCGCCUGCACACCGUCCGUCACUACCAGCACGUGCUGGCCGUGGACCCAGAAAAGGCGGCCCAGAUGAAGUCCCAGGUGAUGACACAUCUCCACGUGAUCGAAGAAAGAAGGAACCAGAGCCUCUCUCUGCUCUACAAAGUCCCUUAUGUAGCCCAAGAAAUCCAAGAGGAGAUUGAUGAGCUGCUUCAAGAACAGCGUGCAGACAUGGACCAGUUCACUUCCUCUAUCUCCGAGACCCCUGUGGACAUCCGGGUGAGCUCCGAAGAAAGCGAUGAGAUCCCGCCGUUCCACCCCUUCCACCCCUUCCCGUCCUUACCUGAGAGCGAAGACACCCAGCCGGAGUUGUACCACCCAAUGAAAAAAGGCUCUGGAUUGGGUGAGCAGGAUGGAGGGCUGAUAGGUGCUGAGGAGAAGGUGAUUAACAGUAAGAACAAAGUGGACGAAAACAUGGUCAUUGAUGAGACUCUGGAUGUUAAGGAAAUGAUUUUAAAUUCCGAGAGAGUUGGCGGCCUUGAGGAAGAGCCGGAAUCUGUGGCGCCACUGCGAGAUGACUUCAGUCUGAGCAGCAGCGCCCUCAUUGGCCUGUUGGUCAUUGCGGUGGCCAUUGCUACGGUCAUAGUCAUCAGCCUGGUGAUGCUGAGGAAGAGGCAGUAUGGCACCAUCAGCCAUGGGAUCGUGGAGGUCGACCCAAUGCUCACCCCCGAGGAGCGUCACCUGAACAAGAUGCAGAACCACGGUUACGAAAACCCGACCUACAAAUAUCUCGAGCAGAUGCAGGUGUAAGUGGGAGAAGGCGCAGCUCCUCCCUCCCCGCCUCAGUGGGGGUGCGGAGGGCCGGAGAGGGCCCGCGUUUCGGAUCGACUGCUGACCAGCAGUUCCUCCCGGAGGACUUCGCCUUCCACCCAGGCCUCUGGGACCACCGAGACUGUCAAGCACUACUGUAGAGUCACAAUUUCUGUUCUUUUAAGUGGGCGAAGAAAAUGUUAAUAUAACAAUAUAUGAUAUAUAAACCUUAAAUGAGAAAGUGGUCUAUUGCAGAUACUUGACUGCCGUAGUUUCUUUUUUAAGUGAAUUGGCCACCCCCCCUCUCUCACGUGGUCCUACCCGAGCUCUCCGUGGACUCGGGCGUGUCCGCGUGCAGUGAUAGGCUGGCUCUGCAGGCCGGUCCUCCUGCUUGCGUUGCAUAAGUCAACUGAGGCUCACUCACUGUCCUGGUUUUUCUUUAAACAUAAGUAAAAAGGCAGUAUUUCUUUCCUAAAGGAGCUCUCAGAAGGCGGCUGAGAAACUGAGGGAGACAGGGAACGGUAAGACCAUUGAAGCACAGCUUGAUACCCUCUCGAAAUCAUUUUAAAGGACCAGUUUCUUGGGAGUCCGGUGUUCCCACUGCUGGGUGCCUGGGUGUCUCCACACGAGCCCCGGCACCAAGGAGGUCGAAAGCACGCGCCUCCCAGCACCUUUAGCCUGAUGUAUACAGAGUAGGGCGUCCACUGCCGCUUCCCUGCUCAAGCCAGUUCUUCCACAGAUAGUAGCCAGUAGUUUGUGUAUGACCUUCUUCGCUGUCCACCGUUUACUUACCACAGCUUUUUACAGCUCGCUUCCCUCCCAGGUAGUGUCCGAAUGUGCAGUCUUCACCUUUCUGGACGUUCCCCUCUGAAGGCACUGACCCUCGUCCCUCCCCAUUGUACCUUGCCUUUCCUGCCCUCCCUCUCCUGUCACCAGCCUUAUGUUGGUGUGCACUCAAGACGGCGGUUGCAGGAGGCUGGUGGCCCAGGAGAGACCAGGGGAGGCUCGCGUUGCGUGGCGGGAGAGCACUGAGACGGCCUGUAGACACCACGCGGAGCGUUGGAGAGCUUCCCUCCCUUCACACGAAUCUCUGUAAUGCUUGUAUAGUUGAUGUUGAUGCUCACGGCUUUUGCUUUUUUUUAUUCUGAAGGUUCUGGUAACCUGUGGUGUAUUUUUUUCUAUUUCCCUGUGACUGUUUUGUUUUUCUUUCCUCCCCUUCCCCUUAUCCAUGUCUCUCUUUAAAGAUCCAUAGUCACCCACUAUGCACAGGUAGAUUUCACCUACAGACUCCGUAAUCUGAUCUGUGGAGAAUGUACAGAGUUUAAACACAUCAAUAAAUACUCUAACUUCCA